AUGGCAGAUAAACCUUUUUCCAUCCUGAUUGAUGAAUCAACUGAUGUUUCUUUGACAAAACAUCUUUGCAUUUGUGCUCGAUACUAUUCAGAUGAACAGAAAUCAGUUAUCGAUGACUUUCUUGGUUUAGCUGCUGUGAUAUCAACCACUGGUGCAGAUCUUUUUGCUGUUUUGGAAACAAAGUUGACGUCUGUUGGAUUGUCUUUAAAAAACUGCAUUGGGUAUAGCUCAGACGGAGCUUCAAAUGUCAUUGGAUUUCACAAUUCGGUUUGGUCUCGUGUUCGGGCAGUCUCUCCUAAUUGUAUUUUAAUGCGCUGUACAUGCCACUACAUAAACCUCAUUGUUCAACAUUCCUUUGAAUUAAUGCCAUCAAGUGUUGGCUUUCUGCUUAGUGAAAUUCCUUAA